AUGACUUCUGAUGCUAUCAUCCAAUACACCUCUUCUUCAUCUCACACGAUGAGGACACAUGAUGUGUUUGUGAGCUUCCGUGGGGAAGACACUCGCUACAGCUUCACUGGAUUUCUCUUUGAAGCUCUUGGUAGAAAGGGCGUUGAUGCCUUCAGAGAUCAUACACAUCUCCAGAAAGGGGAAUCCAUAGCACCCGAGCUGCUGCAAGCAAUUGAAGGGUCUCGUGUUUUCGUUGUGGUCUUCUCAAAGAACUAUGCUUCCUCAACAUGGUGCUUGCGUGAACUUGCGCACAUCUGCAAUUGCAUUGAAACACCACAAAGACCCGUUCUGCCUAUCUUUUAUGAUGUGGAUCCGUCAGAUGUGCGAAAACAAAGUGGAUAUUAUGAGAAGGCCUUUGCUGAACAUGAAGAAAGAUACAGAGAUGAUAAAGAGAGGAUGGAAGAAGUUCAGAGAUGGAGAGAAGCUCUCACACGCGUGGCCAAUUUAUCUGGCUGGGAUAUCCGAAACAAGUACGCAAUCCUCUCACAUUUCACCAUGGAUCUUAAUUUAUUAUGUAUCUGUGCAAUUCCAUGUAUUUCAUCAAUUUUUAGUGAAUUGUGUUUGAUUUUCGUGAGUGAUUAUUUGACAUUCUUUAUAUUCUUCUUUUAUUGUAGGCCACAAUAUGCAGAGAUUGAAAAAAUUGUUAAAAGUAUACUGAACAUGUUGGGUAAUAAAUUUUCAUGUCUUCCAAAUGAUAAUCUAGUUGGAACGGAAUCUCGUGUUGAAGAAUUAGCAAAUCUAUUAUGUUUGGAGUCUGAUAAUGACGUUCAUGUAGUUGGAGUUAGUGGGAUGGGUGGUAUAGGAAAGACAACUCUUACUCGAGCUUUAUACGAAAGAAUCUCUUGUAAAUUUGAUUUUUGUUGUUUUAUUGAUGAUGUAAGCAAACUUUAUCAAGAGUCUAGUACAUUAGGUGUACAAAAACAGUUACUUUCUCAGUGUCUAAAUGAAAAACAAUUAGAGAUUUGCAAUGUUUCCAAAGGAACAUGUUUGGUAUGGACUAGGCUACGAAAUGGUAGGGCCCUUAUUGUUCUGGAUAACGUUGAUCAUGUUGGACAACUAAAGAUGUUUACAGGGAACAGAGAGAAUCUGUUACGUGAAAGCUUGGGUGGUGGGAGCAGAAUCAUUAUAAUUUCUAGGGAUGAACAUAUAUUGAGGACACAUGGAGUAGAUUAUGUUUAUCAAGUUCGGCCAUUGAAUCUCACAGAUGCUGGUCGACUGUUUUACCAUCAUGCUUUCAGGAGUAAUUAUGUAAAGAGUGGUUAUGAAGAGUAUGCAAACGUUAUAUUAUCAUAUGUUCAAGGCCAUCCCUUGGCAAUUGAAGUAUUGGGCUCAUCUUUGUUUGGUCGAGGUGUCUCACAGUGGAGAAGUGCAUUGGCUAGGCUACGAGAUUACAAAAGUAAAGAUAUAAUGGAUGUGUUGCGAAUAAGUUUUGAUCAGCUGGAUGAUACAGAAAAGGAAAUAUUUUUAGACAUUGCUUGCUUCUUGAAUUAUAGAGAAGUGGAAUAUGUGAAGGAAGUUCUAGAAUUUCGAGGAUUUCAUCCUGAAUAUGGUCUACAAGUUCUCAUUGAUAAAUCACUCAUUAAAUAUGAGCGUGAUUGGAAAUGUUUGUCGAUUAUGAUGCAUGAGUUGUUGGUAGAUUUGGGCAGGUGUAUUGUUCGAGAUAAGGCACCUAAAGAGCCUAGAAAGAGGUGUAGGUUGUGGGAUUACAAAGAUCUCCACAAAGUGAUGUCUGACAAUACGGUAGCAGAAAAUCUUGAAGCCAUACAAGUUACAAAAUGGACCACGGAAUCAAUAAGGGCUGACGGUCUCUCCAAAAUGAAUUAUCUUCAGUAUCUCAAUCUUGAGGGUGUGAUUUUUUCCGGAGAACUCAAUCAUCUAUCCAAAGAAUUAGGAUAUCUUAAUUGGGAUAAUUAUCCUUUUGAGUGUUUACCUCAAACUUUUCAGCCAGAGAAACUUGUGGAGUUGUCCCUCAUUGACAGCAACAUCAAACAACUAUGGGAAGGCACAAAGCCUUUACCCAAUUUGAGACGUUUGGAUCUCUCUCAUUCGGAAAAUCUAACGGGCAUACCAAAUCUGUGUAAGGCCCUAAAUCUUGAAGCAGUAAGUCUAGAAGGAUGUGUACAACUCAAGCACAUCGAUCCAUCCAUUGGUUUUCUAACAAAGCUUACUGUUUUGAAUUUGAAAGACUGCAAAAGUCUUGCCAUGUUACCACAUUUUGAAGAGGCUAUAAAUCUUGAAAACCUGAAUCUCCAAGGAUGUACCAAACUUAAGCAGAUAGAUCUAUCCAUUGGUCUUUUAAAAAGGCUUACUCUUUUGAAUUUGAAAGGCUGCAAAAACCUAGUAAGCUCACCCAACAGUAAAUUGGGCCUCAAAUCUCUUCAAUAUCUGGGUAUCACGGGUUGUUCAAAACGGUUUAAUACCAAAUUAUUAGAUGAACCAAGUAACCAGCUUUUGAAGAUGCAGUGUGAAGGUGAAGAAGCUCCUGCUAAUUCCCAAUCAUCAUUCUCAUUCGUCAAAAUGUGGCCUUUAAAUUUAUUCUAUUCCAGAGCUCGUAAAGACACAUCUAGUGUUUUAUUUCCUUCCUUAUUUGGCUUCCCAUGUAUGCGUGAUCUUGAUCUAAGUUUCUGCAAUCUACUUCAAAUCCCUGAUGCUAUUGGAAACUUACAUAGCUUAGAAAGGUUAAAUGUAAGUGGGAACAAUUUUGCUACACUGCCCAACCUCAAGGAGCUUUCCAAACUGUAUUAUCUAAACCUACAGCAUUGCAAGCGGUUAAAAUAUUUGUGUGAACUUCCUUCACGAACUGAGUUGCCAUCACUACCUAGUGAAAGUUCACCUUAUGUAAUUGAAGCAGGAUUAUAUAUUUUCAACUGCCCAGGAUUAGUUGAGAGGGAACACUGCACAAACAAGGGAUUUUCAUGGAUGAUACAACUUAUUCAGGCGCUCCACAAAUACAAUAUUUCCAAGUGCGGGUACCAAAUAUGGCCUCCAUUAAUUUCAAGUAUUAUUCCAGGAAGUGAAAUACCAAGGUGGUUUCACAAUCAACAUGUGAGCAUGGGCAAUUUAAUAACCAUAGAGGCAUUUCCCAUUGGAAAUCGUGUUGGCGGCGUUGCUUGUUGUGUAGUAUUCCCAGCUUGUUCCGAAGAAAGAGUUUUAUGGAUGCCUCCAAAUAGCAUAAGAAGUGGUAAUUAUGUUGCAGAAAUUCCGGUGGAUCUAGAUGUUGAUAUAGUCUCGGACAAAUCAGAUCACAUGUGGUUGUUCUAUUUAGUUGGACACAAUUGCAGAUUGUCAAAAUUUGAAAUUGAUGUAAUAGACAGACAAGGUUUUACUGUUCAGGUGAAGAGAUACGGGUAUAGUUGGGAUACGUAUUUGACAACGAGGAAUAGUGGAAAUUCAUCAGGUCAGAAACGCAAGUUUUCGAUGAUUGAAGAAAAAUAA